AUGAAUAAGGUUAUCGUAUCAUCUCGCGAGAUUCGUACUCCAAUGCAAUACAACAAGAAUGCAACAGCGCAGCAAAUAAUUGACACUAUUGAUAGUGUCUAUCUGCCAAGGAAUUGGCGAUACACAUUAGAGGCUUGUCGAAAGCUUGACUUGACGUCUUUAGCGGGUGGGAGGAUCCUGAAUGAAGGUUACCGAGUCUUAAUCAUGGUGAUAAAUCAGUAUGGAUAUUUAGUGCUGAGUAUUGAUUGA